ACUUCCGCGUAAGGGAGGCCACUCUGUGUCUUUCCUCGGAAUAGCGUAAUUCAACCGAGAUUGAGAAUUCAGAUUCAGAUUCUAAUAGAUUCAGCUGCUAAAUUUCCCUGCGAAUUUUUACCGAUAGAUCUAGCAGCUUCGAGUAAAAUGACGUGAAACACGUCCCAAUCCAGUACUUUGAGUUAUGUCGGUUUGGAGAUUGUUUCUAAGAUCACUUGGCGAUGAAACUGAUUCAAAGCUUGCUUCUCUGCUUACUUCUCUGUCGUGUUUCAGCUGAACUGAGGCGUCAGCUGAAGUAUUACGAGACCCUCAGCCAUGUGGAUGUGAGAGUUCGUAAGCGGAGAAGUGUGGGUGGAGGAGAUCAUGGUACUGGCACCAAGGACAUUAGUUUUGCUGCUCUCGGCAGGGAGUUCAAUCUUGUGUUGACCCCCGGGUCGCCGGUCCUUGCUGCUGGCUUCCAGGCCCACCUGGUGAACGGUGAUGGAAGUUCUGCACCGCUGUACAUCAGCCAGAAUAACUUUUACACAGGACACCUGUCGGAGGAUGAAGACGUGAAGACUGAUGCUCUCGCGGAGGAAGGGCUGUGGACUGCCAACAUCUACGACAAAAACGACACCUACACGCUAGAGCCGUCAUGGCGCCACUUGCCCCGGUCAGACAACCACAGCAUGAUCGUCUACAAACACUCGGACAUUCUCUGGGACAACAUCUUCCCGGACUUGAAGAAGACUCCCGGUCAAAGGAAAAAGAUCUGUCACUCUUUGCAUGCUGACGUAGACGAAGAAGAUGACAUUGCCCUGGAAGAGUCUGAUGAUGUCGAUGAAAAGGAGGGGGAAGAUGAUGAACAGACGGAAGAGAAGCCACUGAAGCGUGUGCGACGCGCCACCCCUCUCAACACGUGUCACAUCAUCGCUGUAGCAGACGUGACUUUCUUCAACGGGCCUGGUGGUGGUUCCACACACAGGACAGCUAAUUACAUUAUUCAAACGAUCCAGCGUGUGAACCGGCUCUACCAGAGAACUGUGUGGGACUCGAAGCUGGGCUUUGUGAACAUGGGGCUACAGAUCAAAGAUCAGUUUGGCUACGACCCUGCGUUGGACAAGCACUGCCUGGCGCAUCUCUUCACGCACCGAAGGUUUGCCGACGGAGUCCUGGGCCUGGCUUACAUCGCCUCGCCACGGAAACACGCUCUCGGCGGAAUUUGUUCUCGACGAGCGUCCAGAGUGCGUGCUAUGAACACUGGCUUCAGCUCCACCAUGAACACAAGGGGAGGCAACUUACUCACACAGGAGGCCACCCUAGUUACUGCCCAUGAAUUUGGUCAUAACUGGGGAGCAGAGCACGACGCAGAGACGGACGAAUGUGCCCCGGACACCUUCAACAACGGGAAAUACGUCAUGUAUCCUUACGCCGUCAGUGGCUACGACGAGAACAAUGAGUAUUUUUCCCCGUGCAGCAAGCGCUACAUAUCGGCCGUCCUGUCCACUCGCUCAAGCUCCUGUUUCAAAACUGGACUGCCCAGCCUCCAAAGCGUUGCCCCCGGACACUCCGUGUAUUGAUGA